GUUGACACGCUGCUCAGGGACGCCAUCUUGUCGAGGCGUUCAUCGCUUUGGGGUUGCUGGGUUUGGUCGUGCGAUUAGUCUGUUGGGGAUGUGUUUGGUCAAGCUGUGACUUAGCUCCCUAAUUUUUCCAUUUGAUUUGAACACGGCUUUUCACGUCUUUCUGGCGUGGUGCCUUCGGACGGGGGCUUUGUGGGUGGAUUGAGUUGCGCUGUGGCAAGGCUCUGUGAUCAGAUAUGAGCGACCGUGAGAGCUCUCCGGAGCGCAACGUGAAGGAGGGCACGCCAAACGGCUCUGCCGAUUCGUACUCGCCGGAGCGGCGUCACAAACGGCCCGUGUCUCGGUCCAAGUCUGGCUCGCGGGACCGCUCACGCAGCUACACACCGAAGCGACGUCAGCGCAGCCGCUCGCCGGGCUCCAACCGUCGCCGCCACCUGGGAGAUCGGGACAAUCCGGCCGCCACACGCUGCCUGGGCGUUUUCGGCCUGAGCCUGUACACGCAGACGCGCCACCUGCGUGACGUGUUCUCCAAGUACGGCAACAUCGACGAGAUCACCAUCGUCACCGACGCCCAGACGGGCCGUUCGCGAGGCUUCGCGUUCGUCUACUUCGAGAACCUGGAGGACGCCAAGCGCGCCAAGGACGACUGCAACGGCAUCGAGAUCGACAACCGCAAGAUUCGCGUCGACUUCUCCAUCACCAAGCGGCCGCACACUCCCACGCCGGGCAUCUACAUGGGCCGGCCCUCACACGGAGACGGCAUGACAGGCAAUCACCGGUUUGCCAGGUUCUCGCGCCGCUCCCGCGGCCGCCGCGGCCACGGCGGGUACGGCGGCGGCUACGGCGGCGGCCACGACCGCUACGACGACCGGCGCGACUAUCGCCGCGACUAUCGCGACGACUACUACCGCGAGGACUACCGCCGCGAGGAGUACCGCCGCUCGCCUUCGCCCUACUACGGCGGCGGCGGCGGCGGCGGCGGCAGACGCUACCGCCGCUCGCGCAGCCGCUCCUACUCGCCGCGCGGCGAGUACGGAGAUUGAAGUGGAAGAAUGGGAAUGAUACAAGUUAGAAGUGACUCACCUGGUUUGAAAAGCCAAGCGGGCGCCGUUCGGAACAUGUCGGAUUCAGUCGUCUUCGCGUGAAGAGGUAGAAAUCGAAAGUCAAGGUCAUCGGCCUGAAGCCACUAGAAGGCCAAGAGAAAGAACGCACUAGAAGUUUCGGCCAAGCUGAACACGGGUACCAGCUGGGAACCAAGAACAUAGAGGCAAAUCCGUGGCCGUAAGUCCCAGUCCAUACCGGGGGCUCAAAACGUGCAGUGGGCCAUUUAUUUUGGUUUCAAAAUGCGGAAGUGGUGGAGGUGCGUUAUCGAUCUCCCGGCUGCUGGGGCCUGAUCGCAGCAUCCCAGUUCUCCCCUGUUACAAACUUGCCACAUUUUCUCCCCGUGCUUCAGACGUCCGUGAGUUGGGCGAUGGUCACCAGAAGUUCUUACCGUUUGGGCGAUGGUCACCAGAAGUUCUUACCGUCUGGGCGAUGGUCACCAGAAGUUCUUACCAUACGUUUUUUCUAUGCCUUGCAUUUUCUGCUCGGCUGGUUUGUCAGACUCACCAUCCGCGCUGCACUGUGGUAAAACAGUUAAGCACAGCGUUAUAAGCGGUAGAUGCGGUCGGUGGAGUUGGUCACGUAAUCGCGGCCGCAUUUCCAGUAACCUCGGGGUCAUUUAUUACGUCGGUGCGAUCAAAACUGCAAUCACCCUCACGGGAUCAUUCACGGCGCGUGUUUCGACACCAAAAAGCGUGUAUUUCGCAUUUUUGGUUUCUCCGUGGCAACAUAUUUGUAUCCACCGCUGUUUUCCCGAGGCUACGAAACUACCAUUAUUUGUUCGAAAUUGAGGGGAUCGCUCGACCCCUCCCCUCUCCCCUCAUUCGUUCGCGACAUGGAAAACGACAAAUCGGGGAGAGGCUUGAGCAUCUAGGUCAGUGCAGACGCAUUGGUAGAAGGAUGCUUUCGCUUGGCGUCCUACUUGACCGUCAGAGAACAUGAACAGGCGAGCGCGAGUAGCGAAAGCAGGCGACGCAUCCUGAAACCACUGGAGGCUGCGACUUGUGCGUCCUCUAGAGCCGCGGUGAUCAUGUGAACGACCCUCGGUUAAGAACCACUGGUGCCAAGCAGCGUUCUUUCAUAUACCUUACAGAUUUGGGAAAGGAACGAAUUCUAGCUAGGGCCCGUCCCUCCUGCAACUUUUGUUACGGGUCGGGGGUCGACGUGGUCUGAUCCUGGGACACGAAAAACACCGACACGAAGACCCACCAGCUCACCCACCUCAUAAAAAUCACGAAUCCAGAUUCGUGUCUGGAUCUCAACACUGAGGCAUCGCGCUUGGCGCGGUUUCGGUAAUGAUGGCGGUCUGCCCGGCUGACCAGUGCAGGUCGCCGUCUGCUGGAGGGAGCGCAGCUGAGCGACAGAAGGGCGGCCGUGACGGCGGCGGGGAGCUGGGCGGCACCGUGCCGGCGUCAGCGGUGCUCCGCCGCCUCAGGUAAGCAGGUAAGUGGCGGCCGGACGCCGGCCCAGCGGCGACAGGCCAGCCGCAGUCCGCCCUGCCAUCCUCGCGUCACUUGCGUGUAGUUACUAAGCGAUCUGGCGAACUCCCCGGUGAGCCUUUGAGCGCUUGGCCGAUCCGGAUCCGGGUCCGGAUCCGGUGACCUUUCUGAUCUGAG